AUGUCGGAGGGGCGUGUGGUGAAGGAGCUCAUUUUCCACCACGACUACCAUAGCGGCCGCCAGGGGCCCGAGUCUUUUGAUCGUGGCCUGCAGACCGGAGCUCCGCGCAGACCAGAGCACAGCCCCUCGAGCGCCCAGGCCCUGGAGCUCACGCCGGCUGCCCCCGAGGACGUGCCCGCCAGCGACCGCUCGCCGUCGCAGACGCGGGUGGCGACGCCCGGGCUGGCCUCGGCGGCCUUCGCCGCGAGGGGCAGCCGGCCCUGCAGCGGGGCCUCGGGCGCCCGGGGCGAGGAGGCGCCGCGGGCGCGGCUGCCGCGGGAAGCCGCCUUCGGCACCCCCGAGCCAGAGCGGGCGACGCCGAGGAGGGUGCCGACGCCGGAGCUGAAGGCACGGUACCAGGGCAGGGCCACCGACAUCCAGGCCGUGCUGGAGCGCUUCGACCCGCAGGGCACCGGCCAGGUCAGACUGGAGGACGUGCCGAGCCUCGUGGCGGCGCUGCACUGGCCGCCCGACCUGGGGCAGGCCGCGUGCCCCGCGCCGAACCCCUCGCGGCCCUGCAGCUCCACGGCUAGGCGGCUGGAGCUGCUGCGCAGGCUGCAGUUGCCACUCAAGCUCGAGCUGGCCCGCUGCGCGCGCGACGACAAGCCGGGCGCCAGGGGCGCAGAUUUUCCCCGCGGCCGGCCGCCGGCCAUGCAGGGCGCUGGGGCGCAGAAGGACGUGUCCCUCGGCCUCGACGCGCCCGCCUUCGAGCUGGCCUUCCGGCUGAGCCUGAAGGACUGCGCGUCGCUGGCGUGCACCUGCUCCUCGGUCGUGUCCGUGUUCCGGUGGGCCGCGGUGUCCCCGCCGCCCGGCGGCGCGCUGGGCGCGGCGUGCGUCGACGAAGCAGGAGCACGGCCGAGGCCUUCUUGCGGCAGUGUGCAGCGGCCUGCGGCGGCCUCCGCCGCGCCCCCCGGGGGCCGCCGUGGAACACGGCACGGGAGGAACACCCCCCGGCCCUGCUGCAGCAGCCGGUUUUGUAUGCGCGGCAGCUGCAACUUACCGCCGUGGCUCGCCACGGCCGCCCACCGCGCUCUGGCCCUGCGCGCCUGGGUGUUGCUGCCUCCCCCGGCUGCUCAUCGUCGAAGUCUUCGGCGUCUGAGCGUCCCUUCUUCCUGUCGGCCGUCCCCCUCCCCCUUGUUUGCCCGCCGGCCAAUUCGCUAG